AAGGAAACACAGAAACCAUGUGCCCCAAUGCCAACCCCAGCAAGAAUCAUGGGGUCGAUCACGAGGAACGAACGAGUGAGAAGAAAAGGAAACACGGAAACCAUAUGCCCCAAUGUCAUCGACAGCCGUUCCCACCACUUGCGACACGUGGCACGACGCGGCGGCUGUCAUGCGCCGGCAAGCAUGUGCCCCAAUGCUAACCCCAACAGUUGUAGUCGACGGCUGACACGUGGGCAGGCAGAGCACCACUAUACCUUGAAGGGUUGGAGCAGCUCUUCGAUGAGGGCAAAGCGCACACGAUGGCGGACACGUGCUGGCGCAGAAUGCAAAGACGGGGUGUCGAAGCUCCGACAACUGGAGUACAUGAGUGGUCGGAAGGACGGGAACGAGGCGACGACGAGAGGAAACCCAAACGCCCACGCUCGCAGACACGUGACGCGACAGGGGAGCAGCGAAGGCGAUGGAGGACGUCGCGGACAUGACGUCGCGCGUGAAUGCGCUCGUCAGGCAGGAGAUGGAAAUGGGGUCCACCAGACCCGAGGCAGCUGUUCAACGACAUCCAAUGCCCGCCUCAAACUGUCGUCGGACCCCACGGAAAGACCCACCUGUGUGCCAAUUGGCACCCACGUCAGGUGCCUCGUGAAUUCUCGCAUACUCGUUACGUUCGGAUCUUGGCAAACUUCGCAUUUUCCCGUGAUGCAGGUUCUGACUGUUGUCUUUCUGGCGCCCCAUAGGAUGUCUUCAUCGAGGGGCGAGGGGGAGCCAACAGGGACCUCGGGGAGGGAAUCAGGAAAAGAUUCCACGAGGCGGUCGUCUACUGCCAUCAAAUCGUGGUCGAACCAUUCGAAGUCGAAAUGGUUCAGCGACUGGUGCUGUGGAGACGCUUCCAACCCCACUGCGCAACCAUGUGGUCCUGGCAUCUUUGUCGAUGACAACAAAAGGCGUAGAGUGCUUGCGGGCGUCUUGCGGUGGGAGGACGUGAAGGGGGGCCGACGACAUUUGUAUGUGCAAAACGUUUAUGGCGCCAAGGGCAACGUCGUUGUCAAUUUGAAAGGGGCGCUGUUGGACCCCGAAUUGUGUGAGGGGUUCGGAGCGGGUGCUGUGAACACCCCAUUCUACAGAGAACUCGUUCUCGGGGGCGGUUUUGUUUUGGCGCGUGAAUUUUUCGACAUGUUGGAGGACAAGAACAUCGUUCUCGACGUCCCCUGCGACGUCGACCCCUCCCAUGAGCUCUCGUUGCCGUUAAGGUUGUGCGGCGGUUGCGAGUCAAGCGGGGCAGCGGCGGAGGGCGGUGAUCUGGGUUCUGGUCCCGCUACUCAGCUGCACCGUGGCGAGAGCCGAGGUCAGUUCAACAACAACGAGGAUGAGGGGCCUACUCCGCCGUUGAGGGACACGCAUCGGUCUGUGUUGUCUAUUCUUGGGGUCCUGACUGACGCUCCGGUUCGAGAGGAGAGUGCGGGAGCUGCAGGAAAGGUGGCAGCCUCUACAGAGGUCAACUUGGAGACGAGCGAGGGCCAGGGUGCGAAGGAGGGAACCGCGGGCGGCCUGGGCACGCAAGGCACUCCAUAGAAGAGGAGGGGAGAUCGUACAGACGAGUUGGCCGGUUCUUCGAAGAAAUUGAAGAGCAAGGCCCCGAGGACUGCGGGGGAGAAACGCAAGGGGACCGAGGGAGAGCAGGGCCGGCAGGGUGCCAAACGUCCGGCUUCGAAACAUAAACAGGCUGCGUCAGGACCAUCCACUCCACAGACGCCACGGCCUCCCAUCGACGUCGACGCCGGGUACUUCCUCGAGUACGAAGACGGUGUUCGGACAAAGCAGGAAUUCGAGAUUAGCCCUGCGUAGGUCGUCGACCUCGGGGAGUGGGAGGACCUAUACAACCAGCGGUCCCUGGAUCCCGUGCUCGUGGAAAGGAUCAAAGAAGCGAUGCGGUUGGCGUUCGAAAACAAAGAGCAGUCGUACGA